AUGGUGUUGGCAGGCGCCUUUGCGUUGCAGCCGCCGCACGCCGCGGAGACGAGCGCGGCAACUCCUGUUCUGGCGCAGAAGGCUGCGCCGCCAGAUCAGGCAAUGGAGGCUGCCGGCAGCCGCCGCGCAUCCGACGCGAGCAGCGUCGCUAGCGUGUGCAGCUUGGCCCUCGCCUGCGCCCCGACGGGGGACUUUAAAAGCCGGCAGACGCCGCAGCACAACCUGCUUUUUGAAGACCAGCAGAGCAUGUCGAUGGGAGGCAUGGCAGGCGCGCUAUCAAAUCCACUGUAUGACGACGCCAUGCUGCGUCUGACACCCCGGCAGCACUUCUCAGCCCCCGCCGCAGAGCCUCCAGUCACCAAAACAGCAGUUGCGGCAGCGGCAGCUGCCGCGCAGCUGCCGGGAAAGGCGGCCGCAGCGCGCGCCGUGGUCCCGGCCCGGGCGGCUGCCGGGCAGCUGCCAAGGGUGGAUGAGGCAGCGAGCGUGCUAACGGCGUAUGCCCCCGGGGGGCUGAGCGUUUUGUACGAGAACCAGACAAUGCGCGUGGAGCGCGUGGAAUUGAAGGCUGAGCUUAAACUCAUCUCAGCCCGGCUAGCGGUGCUGGAGGCGCGCAGCAAGGCGUGGGGCCGCACGGUGCCGGCAGCCGCCAAGGGGCGUUCCCAGUCGGCACCGCGAGGGGCCCCCCGCCACCGACAGGCCCCCCAGCGCAGCGCCCCCGCCGCCGCCCAAGCCCAGGAGCAGGCAAGACACUCAAAACUCUGGUCCCUGACAGGACCGACCCUUAGCAGCAGUCCUAGCCGUGCAAUAAUGAUGGACCUGGCAGCUCUAGGCACUCCAGGGACGAGCGCAAAGUCCUCUGCCGCUGCCCGCGCCGGCCGCAGCCUGCAGCGGAGUGGCAGUGUCGGCCCCAGGACAACCAGCACCGACUCCAUGCGCGCGGCCGUGGGCCAAUCUUUGUCCACUCCAAAGGUGCCCGUCCGGGCAGCCCGCAGCGUUGCCCGUAGCCGCCCGGGCAGCCCGGCGCGCCCAGCCGUCCACCUGGCAUUCGGCAGCCGCACCGUCAGCCGCGCCUCGAGCCCGACCCGGCCAGAAAUUGCCAGAACAGGCGCAGCCAGCCGCGCUACGAGUCCAGUCAGGCCGGCAUUUGCCAGAACAGGAGCUGCCUGCCGCGUUUCAAGUCCAGUCAGGCCUGCCGUAGCCAGAACAGGCACCGCCAGCCGCCGCUCGAGCCCGGCGCGCGCCGCGGCCGGCCGGCUGGCCGGCGCGGCCGCCGCCGUUCCCUUUGGCAGCCGCGUGUGCAGCCCCGUUAAGGGGCCGGCCGCGCCGCGAUUCGCGUUCGGUAGCCGCGCUGGCAGCCCGGCACGCUCAGCAUCGGCCGCCAAAUCCGCGUCUUCUUCCAAGGGCUCCGAUGCAACCACCGCCUCAAGCAUGCCCUACAGAAACGCCUUCAUGGGCGGUCACGCCAGUGCGCGCAGGCCGAGAGACGCGAGUCCGGGCAGCAGCCAGGGCAGCCGCACGGCAGCUUCCGCCUCAGAAGGCAAUGCCGCGAGCCGGCCGCCGACGCACGCCGGGUCCGUAGACUCAAGCCUCGGCCCGCCGCCGCCGCGCCGGUCUGCGACCGCGUGCCCGUCCUCCGAGGAGCGCUGGGCAGGCCCCGGCGGGCGCCUGGGCAGGACUCCAUUGCAUGGUGUGGAGGCCAAGGCUUCAGCUGCCAAGACUCGCGCAGUCGCCUCUGUGCAGCACAACAAGGAGAAUGCCGGAACCGCAGAGGGGACUGGGAAGAUUUCGCGCGUGGCCCUAACCGCUGCCAAAUUGGGCCUCACCCUGGACAAUGCCUUCAAGCCCCGGCAGGCGCGCACUCUAUUUUCACUCGCACACAUAACAAACAUGAAUGUGGCGGCUGGGAAUGUGUCCGAGGCUUAG